GCUUCGUGGAACAGGCCUCUGGACACUUUCCCCCAAAAACCGACUGUUUUCUUACGGUCUCAUUUAUCCCAGACCUCGACGUCCUCUGUGAAGUUAUCUCAUUCCUCACUCAUGCCCGUUCUCUUGCUCACUCGUCUAGAGCUUCUGUAACCAUAAGCAACACCCCAUGGACUCUACAUGACACUUUGUUCCAAAAUAUUGAUCAACUGAAGCUGUUUCUUUUCCAGAAACAGUUUUGAUAAAAACUGAUCAAAGUGGCAUCCUUGAUUUGCCCAGAAUGAAGAAAACUGCUGCUGAGUGAGGUCUACAAAUAUUCCCAUCACUUCCCCACCCUCAUUUGACAGAAUGCGUCCCCUCGGACUUCUCUUUGCCAUUUCUCUUCUGCAUUUAUAUGAAGGCCAAGAGUCCGGUGCUGUGACUCCUGUAUUUGUGCUGACAGGGAAGGAUUUACUUCUGGACGUCUUGUCUCCUGUUGUCCUGGAGGAAGAGGAUGAAUUUAGAUGGGACUUCCGUCCCAACAAAAAACCUAACAAGAAAGUAAUGAGGGUAUCUUACGAUCACGAAACCAAAAUAUUUGGCCGUUAUAAAGGAAGGGCGGUAAUUUCUUUGCAAAAUUACUCUUUGCAUUUGAGGAACAUGCAACAAGCUGACAGCGGACUUUACAGUGCGUUUUUUGGAGAGGAUGAAGACGAACUUGUGGGUGAAUACAGCGUCACAGUUCAAGACCCAGUGUCUCCAGUUGAGCUGACAGUGGAAUUUGCAUCGAACAGCUCAGACUCCUGUAUCCUCACCGUGACCUGCUGCACACGUGUCUCCGAUCACAUCAACAGCAUUUUGAGAUGUGUCAACAGUACCUGCAGUUUGAACGGAGGAGAGAUGUCAAAGGUCACAUCCUUUGGUGCCUCUCUGAAAGUCUACCUGGUGGAUGGCACCAUCACUUGUAGCCAUAGCAACGAGGUCAGCAGCAGUAUAAAGGUCAUGGAGGAGGUCCAACAGUUCUGCCAAACAGAUGCCGUUGGUAAUGUUGUUCCCAAUGAAGCCAUUAUAAUUGUGCCAGCUGUGACUUCUGCUGUGAUCGGCGCAGUUGCCCUUUCCUUGUGCUUUUUCAUAAAAUGACAUCAAUCCAGUGCAAGGUCUUUCUCCGACCGCCACCCACGCCGUCGUGAGCUUUCACACUAGACCUGUCCAAUCUGCUGAGACGCAAGACACCGUCCCGCCAGAGACGGUGUACGCCCAGGUUUACAGAGCUGCCAAGGAUAAAGUCUGGACCCCAACCCCCACAACCAACACCUAGAUAUGAUAUAUUUAUACACUGGAUGUUCUCUUUUUCUGCCCCCUCAACCUGGAAUACACUGCAGCAGGAUCUAAAGCUCUCCAGCUUGGUCGCGCUAGGGGAUUUUAAACUCAUGUUACGGACACUGGGAAAAGCAUCUUUGGAAACUUGUUCUUGUUUUUAGCCUUUUCUAGUGUUUUACGUCUUCGUGUACCCACUUAAAUAUUGUGUAUAGAAUAUACGCUACUAUUAAAUCUGUCUGUCCGUCGUAUGAAUAAAAGUUUAAAUGAAGAAAAAAGAAAAGAAAAGAAAAAUUAAGGGGUUCAGCCAGUGAUCUUCAGUCAUCUUGGCAAACUGGGGAAGACGCUGGAAAAAAAUAGAAGAUAUUACAGUAAACAAGAACAUGACUGAACAUUCUUUUUUUAUAUUAUGUAUUAUAUUUUAUUUUACUGUAUGUACAUGAUCUCUCACUUUCUAUGUGUUUAUAUAUAUAUAUAUAUAUAUCAGUUCUGCUAGAGGAAGGAACCGCCCCCACCAACUCAUGACAAGUGUACAUGCACAGGAAGUUAUUGGGGUACAACUAAGGCACUUCUCUUCCGUAUAACAGUUGUCUGACAUGUGUCACAAUGGGACCUAUUUCCUUCGUAUGUUUUCUGGUGUAUUCAUGUCAAAUGCAAGGGUCCAGUGCUGUGACUCCUAGAUUUGUGCUGACGGGGAAGGAUUUACUUCUGGACAUCUUGUCUCCUGUUGUCGUGGUGGAAAACAGUGAUUUUAAAUGGAAAUUCCAACUAAAUGUAACACAUAAUGAAAAUGUAUUAAAAUUAUAUUAUGGCAACAAAACAAAAAUAAGUGUCCGUUAUGAAGGAAGGACAAAGAUUUCUCUGCAGAACUACUCUUUACACUUGAGGAACAUGCAACAAGCUGACAGCGGACUUUACAGUGCGUGGAUUAAUGUGGACAAAGACCAAUGUGUGGGUGAAUACAACGUCACAGUUCAAGACCCAGUGUCUCCAGUUGAGCUGACAGUGGACUACGUGUCCAACAGCUCAGACUCCUGUAACCUCGCCGUGACCUGCAGCACACGCGACUCCCAUCACAUCAACAACCUUUUCACGUGUGACAGCAAAAACUGCAGUCAUGAGGAGGGAGGAGAGCGAUCCAAGGUCACGACCUCUGGUGCGUCCCUCCGUGUCUACCUGGGGGAUGACUCCUCAAUUGUCUGCGAACAUAGCAACCAAGUCAGCUCGGCCAAGAACAAUUCAAUGAUUGAGCAUUUUUGUCCCAAAACGGCUUACCUUAUAGGAAAACAGGUUAUCAUCAUUGUCAUUGUGGUUGCCAUCAUAAUCGUCAUAGCAGCUGCUGUUUUUUAUCAUCAGAAGAAAAGAAAAAAUAAAUGCGUGGACAUGGAAAACACAGUGUAUGACAUUCUUCAGGACAAUGUCACAGCCCAAACUGUGAACCGGAAACCAAGCGAUGAUGCUUCUGGUCUUUCUCCAACCACCACCUACUGCCUGGUCGGACAUCACACUGGAUCCACUGGAUCCUCUGGAACCACCGGAGCCACCAAGAGCAGAGACAAGCCUCUGCCGGAGAGUUUGUAUGCUGAGGUAGAAAAAUCUGCCAGAUCUUGAAAAAAAAAAAAUCACCAAUUAUGUGUUUACAGUUUGUAUUAGGUGGCCGCCAACUGUGAGCCACGUAACCCCCCCCCCCACCCCUGCAAUUGUAACAUAUCUAUAUUAUAUAUUUUUAUACUGAUUAUAAAGAUUGAUUGGAGCAGAAUUACAUUGAAAAAUACAUGUGCAGAUUUAUAGUUCUAUUAUUUCUGAAGACUGAAAUAAAUAAAUAUAUAUAUAUUUGUAAAUGUAAAUAUAAAUUUAAAUGUUAAUAUUAAAGGAAUACUGUUACAUCAAUUUUAAAAAUCUAAUACUUGACUUGACUUUUAGGAUAGAAAAUGUUACUCGAUAAAGUCUGUAGCUCUUCUGAGCUUUUGGAUCCAAGACAGAGAAGAAUGUCAUGCAGGGGAAAAAAGUAUGUUUUGAGUGUUUGAUGAUGUUUGUUGAUGGUUUUUAAGAUCAACUUAUGAAUUAUAUUCAUUGAGUCAAAUGUAAUAAAAAUUUCAAUCCUCAAA